GCGCUGGCGCGGAGCGGAGUUCAGGCCGGGGUCAGGGGGAGUUCGCAGCCCGGGCUUUACCUUUGCGCCGAGCCGUGCGCCGGCGGCACAUGCUGCGCCCCGGAGCGGCCGCCGGGCCUGGCACGCAGGGCGCAGCGACCGCCGAGGGAGGCAGCGCCUUGGCAGCAGAGUCCGUGGAGCUGGCAUGGGCCGGAGGCGCCGGCUGGCGGCGGGGAGCGCACGGCGGGGACCCAGGGGCUGAGGCUGCUGCUCCGGGGAUAUGAGAGUCCGCAGAGACCUCGGCUGGCUGGCGGAAGCGACGGAGCCCCCAGGUGGCCGGGGCAGCCCCGCGCUGGAGGCCAUGGAGGUGCCGAGCCACUCGAGGCAGCUGCUCCUGCAGCUCAACACGCAGCGGGCCAAGGGCUUCCUGUGCGACGUGAUCAUCGUGGUGCAGAACGCGCUGUUCCGCGCGCACAAGAACAUCCUGGCGGCCAGCAGCGUCUACCUGAAGUCGCUGGUGGUGCACGACAACCUGCUCAACCUGGACCACGAGAUGGUGAGCCCGGGCGUCUUCCGCCUGGUGCUGGACUUCAUCUACACGGGCCGGCUGGGCGAGUGCGAGCCGGGCGAGCCGGGCCUGGGGGCCGUGCUGGCGGCCGCCAGCUACCUGCAGGUGCCGGCCCUGGUGGCUCUGUGCAAGAAGAAGCUGAAGCGGUCGGGCAAGUACUGCCAGCUGCGAGGCAGCUACAGCCCCUACAGCAAGGUGGCCAGGGGGCUGCGGGCCGCCCCGGUCAUCCAGGCCUGCUACGCGGGUGCCGCCCGGCCUGUGGACCUGCAGCCUGGCGAGCCCCUCAACCCGCUCAGCACCCAGUGUGGGGAGCUCUAUGCCUCCACCGCCCAGGGCACCGCCCUGCACCAGCCGGGCCUGUGCCCACCCGAGAGGCACUGCUCUCCGCCCUGCGGCCUGGACCUCUCCAAAAAGAGCCCCACCAGCCCUUCCUCCCAGCUGCUGCCCACAGACAGACUCCACCCGGGGGACAGCAGGGAGCCCUUGCUGGCCCCCGGGCACGACAGCCCACCGGGCAGCGCUUCUCUGCUGGCCAGCCACGGCUCCGCCUACAAAGACCCCCCCCAGGUGGGCGAAGGCGUGAUCCACCCCGCGGAGCGCUUCCGUGGCAGCCCGCCCUGUGUCGAGCCCCCGGCCCGGGCCGAGGGCCACGACUUCCUGUACCGCUGGAUGAAGCACGAGCGAAUGGGCAGCUACCUGGAGGAGUGUGAGGCGGAGAAGGAGCCUGAGCGGGAGGAGAAGGCCGAGUCGCCCCUGCAGUCCCGCUACCCCAGCAUCGAGAGCAACGAGCUGGAGAACGACAACAGCACCAGCGAGGACACGGGCAGCAGCGAGGGCCCGUCUCCCGGGGGCACCCUGGGCCCCUACUGCAACCACCUGGCCUACGAGCCCGAGAGCCUGGGGGACAACCUGUACGUCUGCAUCCCCUGCGGCAAGGGCUUCCCCAGCUCGGAGCAGCUCAACGCCCAUGUGGAGGCCCACACCGAGGAGGAGCUGUACCACAAGGCGGCCUCGGAGCAGGCCGGCCCCUUCCUGGACAAGGCCGGCCAGAGCCUGGGCGACAUCCUCCGGCCCUACCGCUGCUCCUCCUGCGACAAGGCCUACAAGGACCCGGCCACGCUGCGGCAGCACGAGAAGACGCACUGGCUCACGCGGCCCUACCCCUGCACCAUCUGCGGCAAGAAGUUCACGCAGCGCGGCACCAUGACCCGGCACAUGCGCAGCCACCUGGGCCUCAAGCCCUUCGCCUGCGACGCCUGCGGCAUGCGCUUCACCCGGCAGUACCGGCUCACCGAGCACAUGCGCAUCCACUCGGGCGAGAAGCCCUACGAGUGCCAGGUCUGCGGCGGCAAGUUCGCCCAGCAGCGCAACCUCAUCAGCCACAUGAAGAUGCACGCGGCCGGGCCCGACGGCAAGUCCAAGCUGGACUUCCCCGAGAGCGUCUUCGCCAUGGCGCGGCUCACGGCCGACCAGCUGGGCCUCAAGCAGGAGAAGGCGGCGGAGCUGCUCUCGCACACCUCGCACUUCCUCAGUGACCCCAAGGGCCUGGAGAGCCUGUACCCGCUGGCCCGAUUCACGGCCGAGCACCUGGGGCUGAGCCAGGAGAAGGCUGCCGAGAUGCUGGGUCCAGCCUCACACCUGCACAGCGAAGGUGGCCGGAGCAUAGAGUGCUAUUCACCCACCUAACAGAGCAUCCCUGGCACCCCGGGGCUGCCCACUCCUGCCACAGCCAAAAAGGCCGCAUGGCCACUGGGUCUCCCAGUGCCCACGGCCCCCUCCCCAGAUGGACUCUCAGUAGCAUUUGGGGAGUGGGAACUUUUCUCCCUGCAAAUGUGCAGUGGCCGAAUUCUUCCUCCAGCCCCCAUCCAAUGGGGAAAGGCCAGAACAGGGGGUGGGGUGAGCCCCUGGCAUACGGCAUCGGGCAGCAGCUCUCUCCAGCUGCUCAGUCUCAACCUGGUGUAUUGGGAGCAGCCGAAGGGUUUGAUCUUCCAAGGCCUCUGCAGGCAUCUCUACGCUCUGGCCCUGCAAACCCUGCCCAGAGCCUGGGCCUGGCACGUGCCUCUUGCUGCAGAGCCCUGGUGGCUGGGCAGCUCCUCUCCCAGCUCUGACUGCAGCGGGGCCUGGCUGGGGGAUGGGGCGGGAGAAUGACCCACUCGUUACCUCCCCCGCCCACCUCUGAGCCCUCCUAGCCCAAAGCUCCUGCUGCUGGGCCUGGCUCCCAAAGACCCUCCUGGGCCCCAACUAGCUGAGCAGAAACCAAAGCAACCACCUGAGGAGGAGGAGACCCAGCCCCUGCACCCUCGCUGUACUCAGGGAUGUCCCAAUGUCCUGCCUGACCCUGGCCAGGCCCAGCUGCCUCAGAGGAGAAUUCCUGCCCUGGGCGAUUCCAGAGUUUCCCCCACCCUUCCCCGGGCACAUGGAUCUGGGGCCCGGCUGUCCAUAGACUGAGCCCCUGGGAUGCAUCCCUCCCCACCCCCCAAGUCUCUACUCUCUGGGAUCACAGGUGGGAACCAUGAUGCUGGGGAUGUGAAUGCUGCUGUUUCUCUGGGGGUCUCUGCUGGGAGGUGGGCUGGAAGCAUGAGGCCAUGGGAGUAGUUUGUUAAAACCCUGCUUGGGCUUUCCCAGGGGUGGGCUCCCCUCCUCCCUUACUAGGCUGCAGGGGGACAGCUGCCCCCUCCCAGGGCUGGUGCCCAGAGCAUGCAGGCAGGGGAGUGACGCCAGGCUGUCAGUGUGGGGCAAGGGGCCAGGCUGCUCUCCCCUCGCUGUGCUCCUUGUACCAAAGGGCUGUGUCCCUGGGAAGACGCUCCAACCCAUCCCCCAGCAGCUCUGGUGGGAGGCCCCCUCUCCUCUGCUCCCUGGAGGCUCAGUCCUGGGCCAGGAGCUUGUGACAAAGACAAAAUGGCUCCUCUCCUGCCUUGCUGGGCACCCCUGGGCAGCAGGGCUCCGCCAUGCCCAGGCCAGGGUGGGGCUGAGAGCUUUAUGCUGAAGCCCGUGGUGGGCAGUGCAGGGGCCAAUGACACUGGGCGGGGGGGGGGGGGAGCGGUUAGGUCUCUGCCCUGCUGGCCAAUGGAGACAGGUGUUGCAGGGCUGCAUGCCGGCGCCUCCCCCCGGCCCCCAUGAUAGCACCCUGAGCUUGACCCUCGGGCCGGGCCGGGCCGGCUGCACUGAGGAGGCAGAUCCUCCCCGCACUCCUGGGUUAAUGGCGCACAAGAUCCAGGUGCUGCCAAGCCCGGAGCCCUGCCUGGGGCCUUCCUUGCUCUGUCCAGGCAGAGCCACCGAAGCCGUAGGGGCUGGGGAGAGCCCUGCCGUGAGUGACCCAGGGCUGGGUCCCAUCCCACCCCCGUCUGGCCUGCAGGAUAAUGUGAAGCUCUUUUCCCUGCCUUUGUCUUUUCUCCUUUGCACACGAGGCCGAGGGGGCUGCCCCACGGUGACUGCUCCUGGCCUCCAACCAACUGUGCCUUUAGCCUGACCGGCUGCUCCUCCAAGGGGGCUUGGGUGCAAAUGCUCCCAGUGCCAAAUGUCCGUGCCCCUGGCUCAGGGGCCUCUGGCUGGCAGUGACUCAGGGCACCGACCCUGCCUCCCCUUUCCAGCUGCGCAGGACCUUGGGCACCAAACGGGCUCCCCAGGCAAAUACGGGCUUGGCUAGGGCCAGGAAUCCCAGGCCAGAGCCCGACACGGGCUGCCCUAAACCCUUGCAGCCAUCAGGGACAACGCUGCAGAAGCUGCGACCAAAACGCAGGGGGAGGGGGCGUAUCCAGUGCGUGGAUCCAAGUCUCCCUGCCCCCUCCCAGUUUGUAUAUUCUUCUGAUUUGUACACGGGCAUUUUGUCCCGUCCUUUUCUAUACUCAAAACCAAAUGAGCAAUAAAGUGACAUUAAACCUGA